CGAGAAAGGGGUUAGGGUUGUGGCUGACGUCUGAAAGGCGGUGGAUAGCGGCAGAAUGCGACUUCGGCAUGGGCCGAUUUACAGCAUCGAAUUACCCACUCUCUCUUUCGAGCUCUUUCAACACCUACCGAGCUCGACCGUCGGUGGUUCCCAGGCCCGCAGGGCUCGAACUCCAUGUCCAAUGUCAAUUCAUACAGCUCUGCGGCUAGCUGUGCGCCCUCUACGAGGAGUUGCAUUUCUCGAUCAACUGGCCGUAACCGCACCAAAAGCCGCGUCGCAUCGCCCGACAAUAUGCCUUCGCUGCACCAUUGCCCUCCAACGUCGGUCUGGCCCCGGCCACGUCCGCCUCUUUUCAACCGCUCCGCCUCCGCCGCGCUAUCCUCCGCCGCCACCGCAACCUAGUCCUGAAGAGAGCAGUGAACUGGGGCCAACAUUAGAAUCAGAGACAACCGCUCCCCAACAUGCCCCAUCUACGGCAUCGCCUCUACCGCCCAACCAACCCGAACAAGCCAAGGAGCCCGACGCUGAACCCUCUUCCUCGACCUCUCAGGAAACUCAAUCAUCCAGGGAAUUUCAGACCCCACGACCACCUCCCGAAACUGAAAGCCCGCCCACUCCGCUUCCUAACGACACCCCGAAUCCGGCCCUCCCCUCCUUCUCCGAAGCCCACCGCAACCCUCUCUCAGCCCGCUUCAGCACCUUUAUGGACAACCUCCAAUCCCGUGCCGUCACGGCUACCCAAACCCUUAACGACCUAACCGGCUACUCAGCCAUCGAAGCCAUCAAGCGCCGCAACACCGAGCUGGAAUCCCUCCUCUCAACCGCCCAACACCGGUUGCGCGAGGCGCGACACAACUACAAAGCCCUCACCUCACACCGCGCCUCCACCCAACGCGAAGUCACCACCCUCCUGGCGCGCAAAGACACCUGGACGCCGAUCGACCUAGAGCGCUUCACGACGCUUUACCGUCUCGACCACGAGCUCGAAGCCCAAGUCGGCGCCGCGGCGGCGGAGCUGACCGAGGCCGAGACGGACGAGGCCAAGCUUAGCAGCGAGCUCAACGCGGGGAUCCUCAAGCGGUACCACGAGGAGCAGAUCUGGAGCGACCGCAUCCGGCGGCAGUCGACGUGGGGCACCUGGGGGCUGAUGGGGGUCAACGUGGUGCUGUUCCUGGUGCUGCAGUUUGUCGCGGAGCCGUGGCGGCGCAAGAGGCUGAUGCGGAACAUUGCCGAGAACGAAAAGAGGGUCAUGGAGGAGGUGAGGAGGGAGCUGGAGGAGGUGCGGGCCGCGCUGGAGGCGAGCGGGCUGAGGAAGAUGCCUGCCAAGGAGGCGGCGGCGCGAAUUGAAGCACGCGAGGGACCUGCUCCUGGGGAGACUUUUGCGGUGGAGGAGAGUGCGGGCGUGGCCGUCCCUGAGAUGCUGGCACCCGUGGAGAUGGAAGAGGAGCUGGCGCCUCCAAGACCAUGGAAAGAAAUCCUUAUGGACUUUUGGGAGGACCCGGAGUUACUGAGGGACGCUGUUCUAGAUCUGUACAGCGACAGGAGGAUAGACCUGCGGAUGCGCGAUGCCUCGCUGAUUGCUCUUCAGAGCGCUGCGGCAGGGGCAGCCGUGGCAGCGGUGCUCGCCGUCUCUUUAUUGCACAGCACAUGAAUUCCCCUCAUCUGGCAAGCGUGUUGUUCUAUAUAAGCAUUUGUACAUAAUAGACAACUGUACACUAUGUACGAUCAUAAGACCUCUAUAGGACCUGACGCGGUCUCGGACAGUGGUGCA